CCAGGUGCAUCAAAUUUUUCAACGCUACCAAAGAUUUCUCCAUCUCUAUCAAAUAAUUAUAACAUGAACAACAGAAAUGUGAAAAAUUCAAACUAUUGUCUCCCAUCAUAUACGGCUUAUAAGAAUUAUGAUUAUUCAGAGCCAGGAAGACACAAUGAGCAGCCGGGCCUGUGUGGCCUGAGUAACUUGGGGAAUACAUGUUUCAUGAAUUCAGCAAUUCAGUGUCUGAGCAACACACCUCCUCUUACAGAAUACUUCCUCAAUGAUAAAUACCAAGAAGAGCUGAAUUUUGACAAUCCUUUAGGAAUGCGAGGUGAAAUAGCAAAAUCUUAUGCAGAGCUUAUCAAGCAAAUGUGGUCAGGAAAAUACAGCUAUGUUACCCCAAGAGCAUUUAAGACACAAGUGGGACGAUUUGCACCACAGUUUUCUGGUUAUCAACAACAAGAUUGUCAAGAGCUACUGGCUUUUCUCUUGGAUGGAUUACAUGAGGAUUUGAAUCGAAUUAGGAAAAAGCCUUACAUUCAGUUAAAGGAUGCAGAUGGGAGACCAGACAAGGUGGUUGCUGAAGAAGCCUGGGAAAACCAUUUAAAAAGAAAUGAUUCCAUCAUUGUAGAUAUAUUUCAUGGCCUUUUUAAAUCCACCCUAGUUUGUCCUGAAUGUGCUAAGAUAUCUGUAACCUUUGAUCCCUUUUGUUACUUAACACUUCCAUUACCCAUGAAAAAAGAACGCACUUUGGAAGUGUAUUUAGUUAGAAUGGAUCCACUUGCAAAGCCUAUGCAGUACAAAGUAGUUGUUCCCAAAAUUGGAAAUAUAUUGGAUCUUUGUACAGCGUUGUCAGCUUUGUCUGGUGUUGCUGCAGAUAAGAUGAUUGUUACUGAUAUAUACAAUCACAGGUUCCACAGGAUAUUUGGCAUGGAUGAAAAUCUAAGUAGUAUUAUGGAACGUGAUGACAUUUAUGUAUUUGAAAUUGCUAUCAAUAGAACAGAAGAUACGGAACAAGUUAUAAUUCCUGUGUGUUUAAGGGAAAAGUGCAGGCACACUAGCUACAGCCAUAGUGGUUCUUCACUGUUUGGUCAACCUUUUCUCAUAGCAGUGCCUAGAAACAAUACUGAAGAUAAACUCUAUAACCUGCUGCUGCUAAGAAUGUGCCGAUACGUAAAAACAUGUACUGAAAGUGAAGACACUGAAGGAUCCCUACAUUGCUGUAAGGACCAUGGUAUCAAUGGUAAUGGCCCAAAUGGAAUACAUGAAGAAGGAUCUCCAAGUGAAAUGGAGACAGAUGAGCAAGAUGAUGAAUCCAGCCAGGAUCAGGAACUUCCUUCAGAGAAUGAAAACAGCCAGUCAGAAGACUCGGUAGGAGGUGACAAUGACUCCGAGAAUGGGUUAUGUACUGAGGAUACUUGCAAAGGUCAACCACUCACGGGACACAAAAAGCGACUGUUUACAUUCCAGUUCAACAAUUUAGGCAAUACUGACAUAAACUACAUCAAAGAUGAUACCAGGCAUAUUAGAUUUGAUGAUAGGCAACCUAGGCUUGAUGAAAGAUCUUUCCUUGCUUUGGAUUGGGAUCCUGAAUUGAAGAAGAGAUAUUUUGAUGAUAGUGCAGCAGAGGAUUUUGAAAAACAUGAAAGUGUGGAAUAUAAGCCUCCCAAAAAGCCUUUUGUGAAAUUAAAAGAUUGCAUUGAGCUCUUCACAACAAAGGAAAAACUAGGUGCUGAAGACCCAUGGUAUUGUCCAAACUGUAAAGAACAUCAGCAAGCUACUAAGAAGUUAGACUUGUGGUCACUACCCCCUGUACUGGUAGUUCAUCUAAAGCGCUUUUCCUACAGCAGAUAUAUGAGGGACAAGCUGGAUACAUUGGUUGACUUUCCGAUAAACGACUUGGACAUGUCAGAGUUCCUUAUUAAUCCCAAUGCAGGGCCUUGCCGCUACAACUUGAUUGCUGUCUCCAACCACUAUGGAGGAAUGGGAGGAGGGCAUUAUACUGCUUUUGCAAAAAAUAAGGAUGAUGGAAAAUGGUACUACUUUGAUGACAGUAGUGUGUCCACUGCAUGUGAGGACCAAAUAGUGUCCAAAGCAGCAUAUGUGCUCUUCUACCAGAGACAGGACACAAUCAGUGGAACUGGCUUUUUCCCUCUUGACCGAGAAACUAAACAAGGUGCUUCAGCUGCCACAGGCAUCCCACUAGAAAGUGAUGAAGACAGCAAUGAAAAUGAUAAUGAUAUAGAAAAUGAGAAUUGUAUGCACACUAACUAAUGGAAGAACUAGAAGCCAUAAAAGAGACUUUCCUACUGGGGAUACCUAUUGGAAGAGUGAAAUUGCCCACCAAAUUAAGAAUAAAAUCUGAGAUGGGGAAUUUCAGAUAACAGAAUGUAAAUCUUUAUUACAUUUUAACAUGUGCAGUACUUGAAGUGAAACAAUAAAAUCUUUAACAGAAA